AUGGCAACAGUAGUCCCACAGCAAGAACAACAACAGCAGCAGCAGCAGCAGAAGCAGCAGCAGCACAGAGGUAGGAGGCUCUCCGAAGAGAUCGCCUCCCUUCUCAGGCUGAAAGAGUCCAGGAGACUCAACCCGGCCCCUUACUACACUCCACGCAAGGCCUCGCAAUCGCAGUCGCUCAGCGAGUCCACCUUCAAGCAGUACAACGAGUACGUCAACGAGAAGGACUCGAACAUGUCGCAGCACAACCGCGCGAUGGCCGUCACACUGAACAAGCUUGCGCACCAGUUCUGGGAGAACGACUGCGCAAUCGAUGAAGACAUCUUCGACGACUCUUCUGACGAAGAACAAUACUGA